GCCUCUCUCUUCAGCUAGAGACCAUGGAGCUAUUAAGCGACCUUUGACCUCGACCAACAAUCAAGGGUUCCCGCGUUCCAGCUGCAUCAUUGCCAUUCCUUUCGUCGUGAAGUCACGCACUGCAGCGCCGUACCAACACAGACUAGUGUCUCACACCUUGAUGAGCUGAAACAUUAUUGUUAUACACAGAAUAAGACAUCUACAGAGGGAAAGGUACCUGCCUAAGCUUGACAUCAAUUUUCCUGUGUGUUUAUGUAAUAAAGCACUGAGGUAUCUGAGCGUUGAUGUACUAAGCGCCCGCAUCAAACUCUGACACGGGAUGAACGCAGCGUGUUCAUAGACAGACACACAAUACUGCAUGCAUCAUGCAGUUUCAAUUUGCUAUCGCACCCCGAUAGCAACUCAUCUGACGUGUGGACUGUAGAAAUAUUGGCGUCGCACUUUCUGUAGCGGGUCACCAAACAUUAUACCUGCAAUCUCCGGAGAGCUCGACCGUUUAGAAAGUACAGCUUGUUUACUGCAUACUUUGGUGGUGUGUGUGCAUUUCAAGGAACGCAUUACGUCUUUUGAUACGGAAGUAUGAUGAGAUGCCAGGUUGCGAUAUCAUCGAAAAACCGUAUGUAUUUUAAUUACUUUUACAGCUUUACAAUUUCACCGAUGGUAAUCGUUUAAAACUGUGAUCACAGCCCGGCGAUAGUGUAUGCAAGAUUCUCGGCUACUGGUGCUAGAUAAAUCAAUACAAACACAGGCUGAUUUUGAAUUCACUUGAACAAGGUCCUGUGAACAACGAGGUUUGAUGAAUAAAGAUGGAGGCACAGCAAAUGAACAGAAAUGACAGUAAUGGGUGGGUCAACGGACCGAUAUCCUGCGAGAGUUGGCAGCAGGCUCAACACGCCGUGUACCAACUCGGCUGCUUCAUCAUCGCCAACGGGUUCCUGGUUCCCCCCACGGUGGGGAUCGCCCAAGCCCUCUGGCUCCGUAUCUGUCUGGUCCUGGGGCUCUUCUGCCACGUGUUGUGGGCGGGUCCCGCCCUCUGCUGGCCGGAUGGGUUAGCCUGGCAGCUGGCCGCUUUCUUCGCCAACGUCGCCCAUCUCGUCUACCUGUCCUACCUGUCCUACCCGGUGAGCUUCGAUGAUGACGUCCAGAAGGUCUACCAGGCCCUCUUCAAGCCCUUCAACGUCUCACGGCAGCAGUUCCGUGUCAUGCUGGACAGUGGGGGCGACAUCUACGAGCUGGAUCGCACGGGUCACUACGCUUCGGAGGGCCGGACCAGAACGGACAGGGUGUUGUCCUUGCUCAUCUCGGGAAGGAUGCGAGUUGCCGCCAAUGGCAGGUUUCUACACCACAUUUACCCGACGCAGUUUCUUGACUCGCUUGAGUGGCAAGGAAGUCGGUCCAACUGCGGGCCAUCCACCUUUCAGGUAACAGUGACUGCCGACACUGACUGCCGUUACAUACAAUGGCAGAAGAAAGCUCUGGACAAGUUCCUUCGUAAGGAAGGCUUCAUUAGGGCGGUCUUUGAGACCACCGUGGGCAAAGACAUCACCACAAAACUCUACUCCAUCAACGAAGAGACGGUGGGCCCUUCCGCUCCAAAAAUCACCCAGAGGGUCAACAAGAGUGUCGCCCCUGCUCCGGCGCAGCGCGUCAGCGUGCCUGAGAUUGCCGAGAUCUGCCUGCCGGACGAACAGGAGGAAGACCGGGGGCUGCUCUCUCAUAAAUGGGAACGGGCGCUCUCGAUUGAUGAGGAGUCGGCUGCGGGCAUGGUUGUGGGUGGUGGGGGUGCAACCCAGCAGAAUUUAGGCGGGAUGAGCCAACUGGUCGUGCCUAGAUCUGGCAGCGUGUCCAGCCUGCAUUCGGUCCGCUCCAUGGUGGACAUCCGGGCCAGCAUUGCGUCCGGGAGGGGAGCCGACGUCGCCGGCCGGUCCAGCCUGACCCCCGGAGCGGCGGGGGACAGGUCGUCCAGGGUCAGCAGUAUGACGUCACACACUAGCGAACCAAUGCUCGUGGAGACCGGAUCCAAGAGAAGUAGCUUCCAGUCCGACCACGGCCCCUUCCCUGAGCCGGACCGAGGGGAAACGCACUACGUCUCAUCCGUUUAAGAACAACAAAAAUAUGAUGGAUCUUGGCUGGGAAGAGAGGCAAACACCACCCAAAGACCAGAAACAAUACAACCCUUGACAAAAUCAGGUUUGGGCCAAUACACUUUGCAUUCUCACAACAAAAGUAACCAGAUGCUCAACCAGCCAUGGUAAAGUCGCAGUCGCACAAUCUAAAACUUGAAACUACUUUACAAGGAAAAAAGACAUUUACAUCCAAUGUCUCCUAAUUUGUGAUGAGUGCUAACUCAUUCAAUCUAUUUUACCACUCUAACGAAAAAGUGGCUUGAUAUUCAGCCAAGGGUCGCGAUUUAUUGUCAACA